AUGUUCGGCCGCACGCCCAUCCUCCUCCUCCUCACCGCUCUCCUGCUCGUCGCGCGGUCCACCACCGCGCUGUACUUCUACCUCGACCCUGAUGUACCCAAAUGCUUCCUCGAAGAGCUUCCCAACGACACCGUCGUGGUCGGCCACUACAUGACCGAGGAGUGGGACACCACGCUCCAACGCUUCGUAGUCAAGGAUGACAUGGGAAUCCACGUCACCGUUCGAGAAGUCAAAGACGACCAUGUCGUCACCUCCUCCCGCGGCCCACCCGAAGGCAAGUUCGCCUUCACAUCACACGAAGCCGGCGAUCACAGGAUCUGCAUGCAGGCCAAAUUUGACAGUCGUCAAGCAGUCCAAGUCCGAAUGCACCUCGAUAUCGUCAUUGGAGACGCCAAACCGGACAACUCGCACAAGGACAAGAGUCACGUCCAGGAUCUAGCGCAGAGAGUCAGAGAUCUCAACGCAAAGUUGAGAGACAUCAGGAAGGAACAGCAGUACCAGAGGGAGAGGGAGGCCCAGUUCAGGGAUCUUUCCGAGUUGACGAAUUCCAGGGCAAUGUGGUGGAGCAGUCUGCAGCUCAUCACGCUGCUGGGAGCUUGCGUUUGGCAGCUCAGGCAUCUCAGAGGUUUCUUCGAGGACAAGAAGCUGCGUUGA